AUGGGGAUAUGGGGUAUUCCUGGAUUCUUAGGAGGGGACUGGAACGUUACAAAAUCGAUAGCAGAUAGAAAUAGAGUUCGAGGAGUCAGCAGGGCUAUGAGAGAUUUCAUAAGUUUCAUCUCCAAUCAUGAUCUGGUGGGUUUGCCCCUUAGUGGUGCUAAGUACACUUGGUCUAACUUUCAAGAAAACCCAUAUUGUAGUAGAAUUGAUAGAUUCUUGCUAAAUCCAUUGUGGGAAGCCAUGUUUUCGGAUACUAUUCAGAGUGCAAAGCCGAGGCCUGUGUCAGAUCAUACUCCAUUAAUGUUGUCGACAACUAUGAUGUAUUCAGGUGCAAGGCCUUUUAAACUGGAGAUUAUUUGGUUAGAAAGUGACGACCUGAAAGAUAAGAUGCAAGGAUGGUGGGGGGAUUUAACUUUCAGUGGGAAUCCUGGUUAUGUCUUUUGCAAGAAACUGAUGGCAGUCAAGGAAUAUCUUAAAGUAUGGAAUAAAGAUAGUUUUGGUAAAGUAGGCAAGAAGAUGGAUGAAAUUCUAGUCCAGAUCCAGGAGGUAGACUUUGUUGACGAGGAAGGGACAGCCACCAUCCAAGACCGUAUACAAAGGAUUAAUCUCAAAAAAGACUACAUCAAAUGGGCUAAUUUGGAGCACAAAAGGAUCCAAAACAAGAGAAAAGGACAGUGGAUUGCAGAUGGGGAUAAGAACACUGGCUUCUUUCACAGAAUUGUAAAUGGGAGGAGACGGGCCAACAACAUAUCUUGUCUGAGGAUUGAUGGAGACUUAACUGAAGAUCGGAGUUUUAUUGGGGAGAAACUACAAGAGUUUUAUUCUGAUUUGUACACAGAAGAGGAGGUGAGUAGACCAUUCAUGGAAGAUAUACAAUUUGAAAGAAUUAGUGAAGUGCAAAGGGAGGAAAUGGAAACUUAA